AUGGUGGAUUUCUAUGGAAAGUGUGGCAGCGUGAGAGAAGCUCUAGAGAUUUUCCAGGCUGCUGCCAAGUUGGGAACAAAGGACGUGGUUUUGUGGAGUGCAAUGGUCAGUGCUUGCUCGCAAGGAGGGGAAGACGAGCUAGCCUUGGAGCUCUUUGCGCUUAUGCUUUUGGAAGAUGGAGUGGAGCGGCCGUGCUCAAUGUCUGAUGGAUAUGGAUGCGAAGUGGGGGAGAUUGCUGGAUUGUCGGCGAGUUUUCGAUGGGAUGAUAGAGCGGGAUUCGGUCUGCUGGAAUGUUAUGAUCAUGGCGGUCUGCUGGAAUGUUAUGAUCAUGGGAUAUGCAAAAGGUGGCGAGACCGAGAGUUUUUCACGGCGAUGCAAGCGGGAGACGUGGUCGUCAGUUCGAGAACUUUGGUGGCCGUUCUCCAGGCGUGCUUGGAUAUGGCCGAGAAGGAAGGGGUGGAUGGAAGGCCCUUGAAAGUGGCGUCGCUGGAGAAGUUAUUGACGUUGGUUUCUCCACGGGCUGGAAGAUGUUUACUCUACAAACAACUUUUAUCAGUCUCUACGCACGGUGUGGAAGUUUGGGGUGAUGUGCUCGGAGUGUUCGAUGGGUUUCCAGACAAGGACGCAGUGUCUUGGAAUGCACUGAUCGCAGGAUACAGGCGUCAAGGGGACAGUGACGCAGAGUUUGAUCUUUUCGCCAAGCCGGACGCUCUGACAUUCUCUUCAGUUCUAUCGGUCUGCUGCCACGCUGGUUUGGUCGAGGGGAUGGAAUACUUUCACUCGGACUAUGGACUUAGUCCGAGUGUGGAGCACGUAAUCUCCAUGGUUGACGUGCUAAUCGGCUGGAGGAUGCGCUUCCGGUGGUGGAAAGCCUGGAAGAUGUGUGCUCUAGGAUAUGGAUGGGGCUUGUUUCAAGUGGAAAAAUGCGGUGAUUGGAAAGGCAAUCAAAGGUUGACGAUCAAGGUGGUACACCUUACGCUCUCACGGCAAACAUGUACUCAGGCUCAAACAAUGAAAGCACAACCUUGA